UAGUAUUUUAAUCUUGAUAUAAACUUAUAUUUUCAUAAUUAUUCUUUAUAAUGUCACAGCAAUUUAUUUGUAAAAAUAAAAAAAUGGUCCUCCGUAGGUUUAAGCAUGGCGUUGGGUGAGACACGUGGUGGAAUCGGAGGAGGAGAGUCGAUGAGUGAUCUUACGGCUGAACAGUUAUUCAAGAUCAACGAGCUUCAUCUAAAAACGGUGGAGGCAGAGAACAAGCUGACUAAGGUAUCCGCGAGCUUACAAGAAGACACGGCGGAUACGCCUAUCGCCGUUGCAGCGUUUUACAAAGAAGUAAUCGGACAAGCUGACGUGGUGGUCGAGCGUGCGCUUGAUAAGCAUGAGGAGGACAUGGGUGGUUUAUUGGUUGAAGCAGAUAAGCUGAGGAUGACCACGUUGACCAAAAUUGUUGACAUUUUAACGGCGGUUCAAGCUGCGGAUUUUCUUCUUGCCGGGAAAAAACUUCAUUUGGCGAUGCAUGAGUGGGGAAAAUCAAGAGAACAUCGACGGCUUGAAGCUAGUGGUGGUGAUUCCGGUGGAAAUGUUACCAGAGAGUAAUUGCUAUCGAUCGGACUUUAGAAACAAUAUAAAGAAGUAAUGUAACAAUAGCCAAGAUUUUGACGACUGAUCUUGGCAUUAUACAUAUAGUGUGUGAUAUUUUAUAAUCUUUUUAAGAAAUUCUGUUUUGUUGCGUAGUUACUGAACAGUAUUUUAUACUGGUUUUGGAAUUUUAGUUACUGAUAGUGAAAUUUGGAUUUUAUGGGCUUUUAAUGAAUAAAUUAAUGUUUUUAUUAGUAGAUUUUAGGAUAAUUAAUCACUGUUGUAGUGGUUAGAAUGUCCCACAUCUAAAGUAUUUAUGAUAUGAUACCUCAAAUUACAUACUUUUUUUUGGAUAGAGAGUAUGCGUUGCUAUUAUACAUGCGUUUGACGUUUAUAAAAAGAACUAUUUGUAUAGCCCACUAGUCCAUCCAGUUCUCUAGCAAAAGCCAAGCACAUUCGGAAUCAGAUCAAUGAGUUUGUUAUAAGAAAAAAAAAAAGUAGACUAAAUUUGUUUGGAAAGAGUCAUCUACUGCAAUCGAAUGUGUAAAGCCACUGGGCUUUUAUUGCCCAUACAAUACCCAACAAGAUCCAUCCUUCUCAGGCUAAUUUGAUUUUUGUUUGGAAAUGGAUAAUAUACAGCCCAAUUUUCCGAUUAAUUAAAGCUUUAUUUUGCAAUUUUUUAUUUUAAUUUUUUGGUUAAAACUAAACUAACCAUAAAGUUAUGUUUUGGAAGUUUAGAUAUUUCCCUUUUGGAUUUAGAUAAUCAGUAUCACUCUGAGUCACAUCAUUUACUGGACAACUUUAAACAAGAAAAAUAGAGUAGCUUAUGAUUUCAACACGAAUGGUA